UUUUGGGCUAAUACAAAAUUUUGGGCUACACAAAAUUUUGGGCUAAUACAAUUAAACGAUUCCUACAAAAUUACCAAGUCCGCAAAUUUUUUGCGGACUCACCCUAGUUAUUUUCACAUAUUACAGAUUAACCCACAAAGAAUCAAAAAAUCCUCUUUUAAAUUAUUACUACACUUCAAAACCUUUCCUUUUUGCAAUGUGUUUUGGCAAUGAAGCAUUUUAUGGACUUUUAUAUAUUUCUCAUUUUUGGCCUGGUCCAAGUCUUUAUUUUGUUAAUUUUACGAAUUUAUUGGCUUUUUUGGUUUUUCCUGUUGCUGCUGUUAAAUCGGCUAUUAGUUUGGUUCAUCUAGUUACAGCAGCACAAACAUUGGCUACACAUGAUUUGGAGAAUUUAAAUCGACGUCAAAAAUAA